AUCGGCUCAUCUGUUUCUAAUUUGCUGCAUUUAUUGGUAUACUACUAUUUCAAAAGUUUUUUGAACAAUUUGUUAAACAAAAUAUUGCAACAAAUUGUUCGGACAAACUUAUAAUCAACAAAUUCUUGGACGUGAGUUAAUUUUAAUUGGAUUCAAAGAAAAUACAAGAAUUUUAUAGCAUGAUACGAGAUAUCCCAGUAGUAAUGUCAUUGAGUAAGGAUUCUCCUUUGCCAACGAUGCGGGCGAAACAAGUAGACUACAAAGGAAAGAAUGCUAAAGGUAUGCCGGAACGUUUUUUAUUUGAGUGUGCGAUUAAGCUUAGUAUGAAGCCACUUAGUUCAGCGAUGGCAGCAGUUCUUUUUCAUCGUUUCUUCCGAGAAGUAGACGAUUCUGAAUAUGAUCCCUAUAUGGUUGCUUCAUCUUGCUUGUACCUUGCUGGCAAAAUAAAAGAUGAUCCAGUCAAAAUUCGUGACGUUAUCAACGUAACGUAUAACACCAUCAACCGUGACUCUCAACCGCUGGAGCUAGGAGAUGAAUACUGGUCAAUGAGAGAUACGAUUGUACAGGCCGAGUUGUUCAUCACACGUAUCCUAAAAUUUGACCUAACAACGGUUCACCCGCAUAAAUAUAUGCUUCACUACAUGAAAUCCAUACAAAACUGGUUCGGAGUGAAAGAGUGGAAUUCCUUACCAGUAGCUAAGACAGCUGCAUCAUUUCUACAGGAUUUCCAUCAUAGUUCAAAAGUGUUGGAUCAUAAACCCGAUCACAUUGCGGUUUGUUGUUUGGCUCUUGCUUUUCAAGCUUAUGGCGUUCAGGUUCCACUAACCGUAGAAGUAGACGAAGAAACUGCAUGGUACAAUCUAUUUUGUAAGGAUUUGACCCGAGAAAAACAUUGGGAAAUAAUUGAAGAUAUCAUGGAAGUAUAUAAUGCAGAAGCUGAGAUAGAUGAAGAGGAAUAAAGAAGUGAGAAUAGUAUUGCAUUUAAACUUACGUGCAGGUCGUAGACAGAGCAUGUUUUAAGAAGACUGCUGCCCUGGAAAUCUCCACAGAUGUUUAUCAAACAGCAUAAUUUGUUUGCAAGUGAUACAAGACGUGAUGUUAGGAACUCGCGUUAGCGAAUAUCCUUUAGAUCCACUUAAGGCAGAUCGAAGUAGGACAUCUAUCAUUAAAAUCAUAAUUGUCUCUGCGAGUUCAUACCAUAAAUACUGAUAUUUUUUUCUUUCACCCAUUGUUCGAAAAUCAUAAUUUCAUUUCAACAAAUAGAAAAAAAUAGAUAAGUGAAGUUUUG